AUGAGUUCUCUUAAGGCCUCAACUUUAUUUGAAACAAUGAGUUUUCUUAUAAUAGUAGAUGAUCCAACAGAACUUGAGGCUGCAACUGAUAUAAUGGCUCAUUUAAAAAAUAAUUCAUGCAAGCAUUACGAUCUAUACAAGGUUUAUGAACAAGAUGAUAAUAUUACGACCAGUGAAGAAUUUUUGAAUACUUUUGGGAAUAAAUAUUAUAAUCAACUUAUAUCAAACACAGUCAAUUUCUCUUUUUAUAAAAUAAUAUCAUAUCAAUUUAUGGUGCCCGUUGUAGAAUAUAAAUGGGUAACGGCAUGUAUAGAAUCAGCUUCAAUACAAAGAGCUUGUAAAUUUUCACCAAACUCUAAGCAUUUCUUCAAAGAUUUUCAAUUUUAUAUAUCAACGACUGCAUUUGCUAAGAAUGAUAUUAGUUAUAUAACAGAGUUAAUUAAUUAUAUGGGUGGUUAUGUCACUGACAUUUUAUCGAGUAAAGUUACACACGUUGUUGCGGAAAGUACUGAUGAUCCAGCAAUCACUGCUGUUACCAAUUUUAAUCGAAAUUUAGAUAUUGGUUUCGUGUUUGUAACAUGGAUACUACUAUGUUUUAAGAAGGGGCAAAUAGUACCGAUAGGAGAGCAUGAAAUAAAACAAAAUGCAUCUUAUAGCAUUUGGGCCAAAAAAAAUAAUUUAGCAGUUGAACUGACAAACUGUCCAUUUAGCGACAAGUCAUCAUUAUUGGAAGGUCAGAAAAUAUGUGUAAAUAAUGAUAUUGCAACCGAUAAUGAAUUGAGAAUUUUUACUUUGCAUCUAUUAGAAAACUAUGGUGCUACCGUGGCAUCGACAGAUAAAAAUGAUUUCAUUAAUACUGAUAAUAAUGAUAAAUAUACUUGUUAUCUGGGUUAUUCAGAGUCAUUUGUUUUAGAUAAUAAACAGAUUAAACAUUCUGUAAACUAUGCAAAUAUUUCUUGGAUAUUGCAAAUGCUUUCCCUAGAUAAUUUCAUAUCUCCAACAAUUAAUUUAUCCAAUAGUCUGUUACCAGAACCAUUAUUCAAUGUAAAUGAACUUAUAUUGACAUAUACAACGAUUUAUGGGCAACAGAGGCAUUAUAUUAAAAAUUUGGUAACUGCAUUAGGUGGAAAAAGUACACCAACAUUAUCAAAACGAAAUACUCAUUUAAUAUUUGGUGUUCCAUAUGGUAAAAAAUAUAAUUAUGCACGUUCUAAACUUAAUAAAAUAAAUGUGGUAAACAUCAAAUGGCUUGAGCAGUGCGUACUUCUAAAGUCGAGGGUUCCUGAAAACUUAUUUGAAAAACCUAUAACAUCAAACUGUUUCAACGACUCCUCUUUUAUUGAACAUGCACCAAUACAAGAUGAAGAUAAAACUGAUGCAAAGGCAGAACAUCUUGAUAUUGACUUGUCACAACCUAAUGAGGUAAAGGAAAUCAAUGGCGUUCUUAGAUCACCCGCAAAAAUUGAAAUAAAGGCCAAAAAUAUUGAAUUCUCUCAUUCUAACGACAAUUCAGAUGAAGAUGAGUCAAUCGAGAUUACACAAGUAACUCAGCUAACUCCCAAAAAUUUACAAACAACUUCAAAUGAUAAUGAUGAAGCAAGUCUUGUUGAUGACCAUACGUAUAAGAAUGUUAAUAUUACUAGCCAAAACAGAUCAGAUACGAAGAAUAUAGAUUCCAAAGUCCUUCUGAGUGAUGAAGACAAAAAUAACACUGAUGCUAUUAAUUACGGACUCAAUUCGAACAAUCUGAUAAAUUCCAAUUUCAACGGUAAUGAAAAUAAAACAGUAUUUUCCGAGACAAUUUCAGGUGAUGCUCCCACGAAGACCUUUGAGACACAGCGUGAAGUUAAAUCAAGAACUGAACGACUAUUAAUAGGUGAAGAUAAAGAUUCAAUUGUCGAUAAAGGGAAUAUUUCCAUGGAUAGGGGUAAAAAUGAUUCAAAUGUACCUAUUCAGUUUGAUAAGAAGGUCGAUGUACCUAUAAUUCCAGCUGAGAUAUCCUUUGAUCAACAAGUGAAUCAAGAUGCUUAUAGCACAAAACUAUCACAAAAUAAAGAAAAUAUUAAAGAAAGUGGUUAUGAUCCAUUCAAUUCAACAUUAUCACCGCUAACACAGUUAAGUAGUGAUGCAGUAUCCAAAUCCCAAAAUAAUACCCAUAAUAAUGAGCUUUUGAAUCUAGUUUCUUCAAAUACUAGUUCGCUAAAUAAUAAUCGAGAGACUAGAAGUCGAAAGAGGAAGUCAUCUGCAAGCCAGUCGGAGUCUAAAGAUACGGAAUCGCGAAAGAGAAGACAGAGUUCAAGGAGAUCAAAAGAUAAACAUGAUAUCAGUUCCGAUAUAUGUAAUAAUGAUCUCUCAGAUAAAGCUACUAAACUUUUAUCGGAGGCAUUGGAUAGGCCGACAUACGAGUCCCUACAGGUUGCCUCUUCAAUUGAUUACGAUAUGAGCAAAAAUAAAAUAUAUGAUAUUCGUGCUGUCUGCACAGGAUGCUUAGAAAAUAUUUCUACGGUUGAUUUAGAAUUAUUAAAAGCUUUAGGAAUUCAUAUUUACGAUAAAAUAGAUAAUAGUUAUAAUCUGAACACUAUUAUCGCCCCGAAGAGGAUGAGGACAGCAAAAUUCUUAAAAAGUUACAGCUUCCAACCAUUGUUGUUUUUAUUAUUACCCAAGUUUAUUACUGAUAUUUUGAGUGUUCUUCAUACAAAAACUGAUUCCGAAAGGACAGACAUAGAAUUAGACCCUAAAAUGUAUUCUAUCCCAAAGAUAGACACCGAGUUGAUCUCUAAACGAUCCAAUAUGAACACAUUAGUUUUUGAGCGUGCCAACAUUGACUCAAUUAAUUUGGUAAGUGAUAUUCCGGGGGGAACGGAUGUAAUAUCAUCCAUUUUAAAAGCACAUGGUAUUAAAAACGUAAACAUUUUAAGCAAACAGCUUACUGAGACGGAAUUAUUAGAGAACAAGCCUGAUCUUCACUAUGAACCGAAGUCGCAAAAAGAACAUGUUAAGAAUUAUAUUGUAAUUGCUAAUAAGGCAUCUCAAGUUAAACGUUUUAGAAAGCAUUUGAACAAUCUAAACAGCCAUCUAAACGAAGGCGACACGGUGAAAUCCGCCUUAGUAGUUGAAUGGAAUUGGUGUGUCAGAUCUAUUUUCAAUCUUGAGGUCGAUCUUAACAGUAAUGAAGGAGUUAUAUUCCAAUUUCCAUAA